AUGGAGCAAAGUUGUUCUGGAAAUGUUCAACUGUGCAAAAAGAGGCAUUCGAGAGCAAAACGGUGGUCUUUUCAGACUAAAUAUGCCUAUGAUAUUGUUUCUCGUGCCAAUCUCACUGAUGACAAAAUUGUCAAUACUCCUCUUGAGUUGCAUGCUAAGUUUUCAGCUUCUGAUGGCGUUCCUCUUGAGGAUCCCACUAUGUAUCACGAGUUGGUUGAGUGCCUUGUUUAUCUCACUGUUACUCGUUCGGAUAUCUCCUAUGCUGUGCACAUUCUCAAUCAGUUUAUUUCUGCUCCUCGUUCCACGUACUGGGCUACCUUACUCUGUACUCUACGCUACCUUCGCGGCACUUUGUUGCAAUGUUUACUGUUAUCUACCUCUUCAGACUUGACUUUUUGUGCCUAUGCUGAUGCUGAUUGGGCAAGUGACAUCUCUGAUCACAAAUCCACUUCGGGUCUUUGUGUUUUCCUCAGCGAUUCUCUCAUACCCUGGAAAAGUAAGAAACAGUUUGUUGUUGCUCGUUCCACCGCUAAGGCUGAGUAUCAUACCAUGGUUUAUGCUACUUCUGAGAUCAUUUAG